AAACAGAAAAUAAGAAAGAAAAAAAAAGAAAGAAAAAAAAAGAAAGAAAAAAAAGCAUUUCGUGAGCAGGAGGAAUAUGGAGAAAAGAAAGACACAGAGACAGAACGGGAGGAGAGACAGAGCCAGACGGAGAGAGCGAGAGACGAGAGACAGAACGGGGAGGAUUGUUUUCUGCACUCCUCUCCCCGCCCGCUAGCUACGGCCCUGCAACAGUUAAUACUCAUUUGA